ACGGGUAACUCACGUGAUAUUACAUUAUUUGUGCAAUCAAAAACUUCAUAACCAGAAGUAAUGCAAAACUUAGCGAACACUGAAAGCAAACGGGUACGACAUAAGUGACAUGGCUUCUGCAACGGGACAUCAUGACCAACUGAGACAAUGUAUUCUAGAUAAGUUGGAUGGAAAUCCAUUUUACAAAGAGACAGAUGUGUUUCUGAAGUUAUUAUUCGAGAGAUCACUUUUGAAACAAGACCAAAGGGACCACGAACAAGCUGAGAAGUGGUUAUUUUGGGCCCGGCAUGAAUCCAAACUUCGGUGUGUGAAAGCUGGUGUUCCAAUUGGUAUUUUGCCAGAGGGUAUUGAGGGUGAAUUGGUAGAUGUCAAAGUUUUCUCCAGAGGGCCUGAUGAUGCUAUUUAUGACAACAACGAUCUUAUCAGACGCAAGGUGGCAAGAGGUAAUUGCUUCCUCCACCUGACAUCGGGACCAGAGACAGGUGUGUCAUGUGUUCUACAGGCCAUGAAAAAGUUUACAGGAGGCCUGGGUGAUGAUGACGACAGAGAGAGUGGAGACACUUUUGUAUGGCAGAAGUAUUUCACAAAGUCCCUAGAUGAUGCAUCUGUUGUCAUAGCAACAAGGAAAGCCAAUGGAGAGGCAGCCCAUUUGAGCUGUUGUAUGAUUGGUGGAGAGUAUGUGUUGUGCGGGGGCUCCAAAAAUGUUCACAUGCUUUUCAGGAGAAAAGAGGAUAUCAGAAGAUAUGGAGAGCCUCGCUUCCGUAUUGCCAGAGAGGUGUGUUCGACGAUCAUGGACUCCAUAGAUAAAAUGAAUCCCCAGGAGAAGGAGAGGCUGUUGAAAUUCCUGGUGACAAGUAAGUUCACUGGAGUGUUUGAGAUCCUCGCACCUGACCACCAACAUGUUGAAGAUCUUUCUCAUCUGUCUGGUCCAGAGCUACACUUUAUCACAUGGACACGCUGUGACCUUGACCCCUCAGGAGAAGAUGUGGCAGCUGUUCCACCACACAUUGGUAUAGAGAUAGCUCAAGCUUUAGGUCUAAAGACAGUUAAAUACAACAGAGUAGACAUCCCAGAUCUGGACAAAAGGAUGAAGGAGAUACGAGGAGGUUACCAGUUUGAGGGAGAAGUGUUAUAUUUCCUUGACAAUCAGGGGGUAGUCAUGGGACUUCUAAAGAAGAAGACAGUAUGGUACAUAAUGUGCCGAGCAAUCAGGGAAAAGCUACGGGCUGCAUGUACCUCACUAUCAAAAUACAGGGAAAAAUUCACCAUUAGUAAAGUACUGAGAAAGACACAGAACAGAAUGCUUGAGAUACAGAAAUGGCUUACUUUGGAUGAUGAAGUUGUCAUCUUUUGGAAUAAUCUUGGUGCCAAGUUCCUACGUUGGACAUUACAGAAAUUUGAAGAAGGAACUACGAGUAUGGAAGAAGUGGCAGACAAAUUCCCUGUACUUUGGAAAUCAUUUCUGCAAAGUACUCAGGAAUGUGACGACUAUGCUGCAUUGAAAAGGAAAGAAGCAGAUGAUGUAGAUCCUUCUGAAAAUCAUAUGACAAGUGGUAGUUCAAACUGUGGUAGUUCAAAUAGUGGCAGUUCAAACUGUGGUAGUUCAAAUAGUGGCAGUUCAAAAAGUGACAAACAUCCAGCUGAAGUAGGGAUGGAUGAGUUCCCUAACUCUAAUGAACAUACUCAAACUAUUAGUAAUUCAAAAGAAACAAACAGUGAAAAAGACUCAGUUAGAGGAGGGGCAGAUAACUCAGCUGGAGAAGGGGCAGAUAAAUCAUUGGGAGGAGAGGCAGAUCAUUCCGAAGAACAAGAUGGAACUUGUCAAAUUACUAACAGAUUUUCUGUUUUACAAGAGGAGGCACAGUCAGACAUCGAAGACAAAAUGGCAGCUAUGGCACUAAACAAUCAUGAAAACAGCGGUCAUUGAUGAUUGUUAACUUCUUUAGUUAUUUAAACCCCAACGUGUAGUAAGUCUUUCAACAAGUUAAUGUUUAAAAUGUGUUAAACCAUACUCAAUAACAUGCUCAACUAUUUUAUAUCUAUAUAUUUAUAUGUAAUUGUUGAAAAAAUACAUAUCAAAAUUCUUUCCCUGUUUUGCAAGUUUUGGUAAUUCUAUAUAAAUGUUGAGAACUUGUAUCACAAAAUUCUUUAUCGUUUUGGCAAGUUUUAGCAACAAUGUGAAACCCGAAGAAUGUACUUCUCAAGGAUAUCAUGGAACAGAUGCUAAGUUUCACUACUGACUAAAUUUUCUAUGGAAAACUCUGUUAAGUUUCCAUAUGUUUCGAUUCAGAGAAUAAUUCUGCCAUUAAAAGAAUUGUUCAUCUAAAAAUUUGGUUUUUAAGAGAUGCUUAUUCAAGUAUCAGUUAUUUUUGUUUAAACUGAAGCAGCCCAAUUUAUGUAAAAAUAUUAAUUUAUUUAAAAAUAUCUAUAUAUAACUAUUAGUCUAUCAGUUGAUGAGAUUGGACAAAAAACACCUUGGCCCAUAUCUGCAGUGCCUUUAUAUACACUUAUCAGUCAUAUUUACUAUGUAUCAGGGCCCAUGGCCCUUUAAUUACAGAGUUCUUGCUCUUCAUCAAAUUUGUGUCAGGAGCAUAUAUAUUUAAAUUAUCUUGAU